AUGGAAACUAUAGAAACAAGUCAUGUAAUGGAAACUAUAGAAACAAGUCAUGUAAUGGAAACUAUAGAAACAAGUCAUGUAAUGGAAACUAUAGAAACAAGUCAUGUAAUGGAAACUAUAGAAACAAGUCAUGCAAUGGAAACUAUAGAAACAAGCCAUGUAAUGGAAACUAUAGAAACAAGUCAUGUAAUGGAAACUAUAGAAACAAGUCAUGUAAUGGAAACUAUAGAAACAAGUCAUGUAAUGGAAACUAUAGAAACAAGUCAUGUAAUGGAAACUAUAGAAACAAGUCAUGUAAUGGAAACUAUAGAAACAAGUCAUGUAAUGGAAACUAUAGAAACAAGUCAUGUAAUGGAAACUAUAGAAACAAGUCAUGUAAUGGAAACUAUGGAAACAAGAUUGAAUAUUUAA